UAAAUAAGCACACUUAUAUUUAAUACGCAUAUUACGUAUAUCGCAGCAAAAAUGAGGGCUCUGACUGCAGUAAUUAGGGUACUGCGUUCCGUCCAAUUCUACCUAUUGACGGUACCGAUUUAUCUUAUUACAUCAUUUCUUAUACAUUUGUAUGGGCUUUUGUUAUUACCAUUGUAUAUAUGGGAUAAACAAACGGCAUCCAAGUUCUGCAAUCAGAUGUUUUUCCAUUCCUUCGCAUUGUCUGCUUUUACAUUGAACUACGCAUGGAAUUAUAUAAUUAUCAAUGAUCUGCCCAAGGAUCAUAAGAAGAAACCAAGGAUUUUAAUGUUUAAUCAUUUGUCGUCAGCUGACCCAUUCCUUGUAAGCCUCAUCGGAAGAAAAACACCAUUGUUGUGUACAUACAAAGAUGCACUGCACAAACUACCAACAGCAAAGACAACACUAUGGCUGUCAAAUCAUCAGCCAAUUAAAUUCAUUUACGACAAGGUUAAUGACAAAAAGAUACCAUUCAAAGACAGUGUAAAAAAGGUGAUGAAAGAUUGUAAAAUCGGAGUAGACAACGGGUUUAGCAUAGCAGUUUACCCAGAAGGAAAACGUAGCAGAGACGGUGUUCUUCAGGAAUUCAAAGAUGGAUUCUUUAGGUUCGCCGUGGAACACGAUAUAGAAAUUCUACCGUGCACCAUAAGCAACUCAAACAGCUUGUGGCCAUUGGAAGACACGUAUUUAAUCGGACAAGGUUGCGCAUAUAUUAACGUUGGAAAACCAAUAAGUCCUACAGGUAAAACCGUUGAAGAAUUAAAACAUAUAACAAGAAAAGCUAUUUAUGAAGGAUUGAAACAAUGCCCCUCAUUCAACCCCGAAAAGGAAACUGUUCCAGAAUUGGAAUGACCUUAGACUCCCAGAGGUAUUCAUCACAAGAAGGAAAUAAUGCCUUCACGAAUAAUCGCAAUCAAAUCAACCCACGCACACAUGAAAUUUACUAAUGUAGAU